AGCUGCCUGGCUCUCCUAACGAGCAAGUUAGCAAGUUAGCGAGCUGUUUUACUAAGCUGUCGCUGCCGUGUGAGGGUUGUCUACCGACUGUGCGGGUUUUAUUAGACAGACAGUAUGUCAGAAGGAGAUAGUUCUGGUGAAUCCAUCCACGGGAAGCCGUCAGUCAUUGGAAGCUUCUUUACACGACUUGGACAGAUCUAUCAGUCAUGGUUGGACAAGUCAACUCCGUUCUCAGCAGUGCGAUGGGCAGUGACUCUUAUUCUGACAGCCAUAUACAUGAUCAGAGUGUAUAUACUACAGGGGUGGUACAUAGUCACAUAUGCUCUUGGAAUCUACCACCUCAAUUUGUUCAUCGCUUUUCUCUCACCAAAAGUGGAUCCUUCGCUGCUUGAUGACCCAGAUGAGGGUCCAUCGCUACCCACAAAACAGAAUGAGGAGUUUCGGCCGUUCAUCAGGAGGUUGCCGGAAUUCAAAUUCUGGCACUCCGCGACGAAGGGCAUAGUCAUCGCCAUGAUUUGCACGUUCUUUGAAGCCUUCAACGUGCCAGUGUUCUGGCCCAUCCUCGUCAUGUACUUCAUCAUGCUCUUCUGCAUCACCAUGAAGCGUCAGAUCAAGCAUAUGAUCAAGUAUAGAUACCUGCCCUUCACACACGGGAAGAGGAUAUACAGAGGCAAGGAAGACACAGGGAAAACUUUUGCUAGUUAAAAUUUCCCACCACUGAAAUUAAAGUUGUUGAUGAAGAAUGGUGCGUAAAAGGGUUGAGGUUUUUUGUUUUGUUUGUUUUAUUUUUGUUUUUUAGUUGGUUUUUUUUUUCUGUGGGGAACGAAAAAGAAAACUAGAUCUAGGAAAAGAGUUUUGAUCCGUGACCGUGUUGCGUUAUGGCCUGAAUGGGGGUUUUUAUGAGAGGAUUGUUGCUGCCUUCAAGAAACUGCACCCAGGUUGUGGAUGUGUCUGGGAGUCACCUGACAUUUGCCAACGAGUGCGGUGCCUCUUUUGCCUUGAACACAGACUCAGUUUGACAGUGAGCACAAACUAAGUGCAGUCAUAUCUAACGAACCUCCCAAAUAGGCUAUGCGGCCGUGGCUUCGUAACCUUCACCCUUCCAUAGCCAUGCACGGGAACUUACCUGUUCAUCACUGUUGGUUACAGCUUAACAUCUCCUCUCCGAUUGUUUGAAAGCGUCGUAUUUUUGGGGGGUACUUUUGUCAUUGGUACCACUUGUGUUAGUGGUGAAAUAGUCAGAAUCCUAAUUGGCUAUUAUGGGGCCUGCUUUCAGAUUUGUCUCAGCAUCAAACGUCAGAUUGUCCCCACACGUGUGCACUGGAGUACACAUGCUUAGCAUUCUUGUAUCAAAUCAAUGUCAGGGGUGUCGGACUUGGUAUUCAGGUGCAUUGCAAAUGUUUCCGUGGAAAAAGGAGACACUGGUGAACUGCAAAGAUUUGUAGCAUCUACUCUGUAACUUGCCACAAGUGAAUCUGAAUUUGCCUUUCUUCUUAAAUGUGCGGUAGCCUUCUAUAGUUUAGUUUUAUUUGUAUAUAGUUUGUCCCUAGUUCCAUCCCUCCUAGCAGCUCCUAAUUUAUCCUCCCAUAGUUUCGCUCUUAAAUACUCCAAACAUGUUUUACGUUUUGAAACAAAGGUUCAUUCCAUUGCACUGAAGCUUGACUCUCAAUAGAACUGGUUGUACAUUUUAAAAAUAUAUUGUGAUUAUUCCAUUCCAAACAAAAAUAUUUCUCUCUCUCUCUCUUCUUUUGCAGAGGAAACAUAAUGUCCAGGGCUUUAAAUAAAACAAAUGGAUGGAGAGAGUUUAGACCUUUUUUUCCCUCGGUUCUUUUAAUGUUCUGGACCCCAACUGCUAAUGUAGAAUUGGUAACAACAUUUUUUUUUUUCUGUCUUUUUAAUUUUUUUCCCUUCAAUGAGCACUGAAGUUGAGGAUCAAAACAUUUUUCCUAAUAUUGUGCAUCAUGUUUUAUGGGGGUUUAUAUAUAAAAAUAAAUAUAUAUAUAUAUAUAUAUAUUUUUUUUUUUUAAAGGUUAAAUUGAGAUUUUGUCUUUUUUUCCCCCUUUAGACAUGUGAUUCCAGGUGUUAAAUUCAUCUCUUGACAUAAUGAAAAUACAUUGGAUACUAGAAUCGGAUACUAGAUCUGUACAUUUCUCAAUGAAGGCAUUGCAUGUUUUUGGUUUACUUGUGCUGCUGUUCAAAAAAUGAUUUUAAUAACUUACAAUGUAAAUUUUUCACUCCAAAUGCUAUUAAAAGAUAGUGUCCCGUCA